AGCUGGACCGCCUGGGGGACCGCCGCGACCGGGAUGCGCCCGGGGGACGCCGCGACGAUGAUGGGGCCAGGGUCAAUGCCCAUGGGGACACCCUUCCCCGGCAGUCAGGGCCAGAUGGGCAUGGGCCAGAUGGGGAUGGGCCAGGGCUGGUCGGGCAACCCAUACCAAUACCCGAGCCAUGGCUUCAAGGGCGGCAAAGGCAAGGGCAAAGCCAAAGGGAAAGGCAAAGGCAAAAGCUUCAGCUUUAGCGACGACCCCCGUCGGCAGAUUUGGGCUGCCCAGCGGCAGGCGCAGCAACGUGACCGGGCAGCCAUCAAUCAGGCGCAGAGGUCCGCACAACAGCGCUUUGAGAAAGACCUCUUAGACCGAGUUCAAGGGAAGUGGACCGAUGAGGAAGACCCCAGUAUUAGCUACCACGUGGAGGGCAGCAUUUGCUCCGUAUCCGGCGGGCCAGGGGCGCCGCGCACCUUCCGGAACCGUUUGAGCGUCUAUGGCGGGGAGCUCUGUUGGGAUGCCAAGAGAUUUUGGCAUAACCUGAACUUCAACGCCCUUCCUGCGCUAGGAGAAGAGGUGGAGCGAGUGGAGUGGAAUCCGGGACCCGGCUCGCCACCCACGAAGCAGAUCAUUUGGCUCCGCUCCGAUGACGUGGAGGCCGCCGACGCGGAGGACGCCGGCGACGACGGCCCGGACGCUGGCGACGACGGCGCGGACGCGGGCGCUGAGGGGUGAGCCAUGGUGGCCGUGGCGCGUGGCGCGUGCGCGCGACUCUCCACUGAGUUUGGCCAUGCCCACUCAGACCGCGCGGUGCGCGCUACAUGGCGAUGAGAGGGUGAGGGUAGACGAAAUGCUGAGGAAGUGCAAUGUAGGACGUAAAAAAA